GAUAAUAGAUUGGACACAUAAUAAACCAUUGAUAUCUCUGCGGUUUGAACGAAUGGAGGGGAUUGGAUUGGAUUGGGGAGAGAGGAAGAAGAAGAAGAAAGCGAAGAAGAAAAGCGAGACCCGAUGGAUGGAUGACUCGAUCGGGAAGGAGGGUCACGCCCCUUGACUCCUGCCCGGAAGAGACAGCCAAGGAAAGUGUUUCCACCAUUGAUUUCUAUUGCCUAACUAGAGAGGCCGUCUAUCUAUUCAAUCCCAAAAAUCUCAUGUCUAAACCUAUGCGACAUCAAGUCAUCGAAAGAACAUGCCAUCCGACCGCGUACCAUCUGCGGAUUGGGCUUGAACCCUGCACCAUCCCUUUCAGUCAACCAGAAUGCUCUUCAGCACUCCUACCUUGGAACUCAGGGUACCACCUAAUAUCCAGUGUCGAACAGGCCAGGAAGAAGACUCCCAGGUUCGAUUGUGGAAGACUGAAGGGCAAUGGUCCUUCAAGACCACCGAGGCCACCUGCACGCAGAGUGCUGAUCUCAUGCGCUGCAUAAUGCGCCAUUUCUCGAUAAACCUCCAGAGGACAAAAGCCAAAGCGUAA